AUGGCUCCGUCACUAGAAGAUCCCGUACUACCCCAAUCAGUGGGCCACAUUUCCGCUGCUAAGAAAGAAACUAUACAUGACAACAAGUUCGGUUAUCAACCGGGCCGGACGGUUGUCAAGAGCCAUGACAAUUAUGAAUAUCAGGAUCUCCUACCCUCGUUCCCUGAUCUUCAUUGGUCUCCUCUAGAGGAAACUUCAUAUGAAGACAGAGGUCUAUACGGAGACGCCAAAUUCCGGAACCUACUUCGAGAUGCAACUGAUGUUUUCGACUACACGCCCAAAAUCGGUACUGAAGUCCAUGGAGUGAACCUGGCGAGGUUGAAUGACGCACAGAAGGACGACUUGGCUCGUUUGGUAGCGGUCCGUGGCGUUGUAUUCUUCCGAGGACAGGAUGACCUGGAUAUCGAUGCCCAGCGAGAGUUGGGUCGUCACUUCGGAAAGUUACAUAAGCACGCGACCACAUCUGUCCCGAAAAAGGGGGGCUUGGAGGAUGUUCACGUUGUAUACACUGGAGACAACUCCACUGACCAGCGGGCAAUGUUCACACCCAGUUUCCUCUGGCACUCAGAUGUUACGUACGAAGUUCAACCUCCAUCUUACACAUCGCUCAAGGUCCUGACCGGUCCGCCACGCGGAGGUGGUGGUGAUACACUUUGGUCAUCUCAGUAUGCGGCAUAUGACGCGCUAUCUCCCCAUAUGCAAACGUACCUUAAGGGCUUGACUGCCCUACAUUCCGCGGACAUGCAGGCUUCGGAUUCGCGUGCUCUUGGUCGAAGUGUCCGCCGCGAGCCGGUUACCACAGAACACCCUCUCAUCAGAACAAACCCUGUCACUGGCUGGAACAGUGUGUUUUUCAACCCUGGGUUUGUCACGAAGAUUGUGGGAAUCCCCAAGACAGAAAGCGAUGCUAUCAUCAGAUACCUCACUGAGAUUAUUGCGACGACACAAGAGAUGCAUGCUCGGUUUCAGUGGAACAAAAAUGAUGUCGCGAUAUGGGACAAUCGAACAACCAACCAUAGUGCCUCUUACGGAUUCGCGCCUCACCGCCGUCAUGCUGUCCGGGUCUGCUGUCAUGCAGAGCGCCCUGUUUUGGAUCCUGCAGGGAAAUCUCAGGAAGAAGAAUUCAAUGCAUUGUACAACCUGCCCCCUGUCAACAAAGAUGGCUCCCGCCAAUCUAACUACAACGAUUGA